AUGGCACCCGCUCCCACCAACACCGACUGGUCGGUCGAAUUUGACACCAAAAGAAGAGACCAUCUUUUCAGGAACCCACCAAAGGACCACACUGCGUUUCCCUCCCUGGCAGAGUCCAUUAAGCCCCAUGUCGACUCGUUCAAUGCGAUUUUCGAAGACAGCAAAAUUCUCCAGGCUGCACUGAAGGACAUUGGCACGAAGACUUUCCUCGAUGGCGACAUUGAGACAGCGGAGCAGAGAAAGCUCCGGAUUGCAGAGGGACGCCGACCUCCCAGACGGAACCGACUCAAUGUCCGCGUGAGAGAAGUCUUCCUCGACAAGCCUACCCUUCCUCCAACCAACAAAUACAGCACCAAGAACCGUGAAAUCUACCCUUCGGAAUGCCGUGAGCGGCAUGCGACCUACCGUGGCAAGCUUCGUGCACGACUCGAAUACCAGGUCAACAACGGGGACUGGAUGGAAUCAAUCCGUGAGCUCGGCCAAGUCCCUAUCAUGGUCCGCACCAACCGGUGCCACCUAGAGAAGGCCUCCCCCGAGGAGCUCGUCAACCAUAAGGAGGAGUCAGAGGAGCUGGGAGGUUACUUUAUCGUCAAUGGUAACGAAAAGCUCAUUCGAAUGCUGAUCGUCGGCAAGCGGAACUAUCCAAUGUCCAUCAUCCGUGGUUCUUUCGUCAAGCGGGGUCAAACCUACACCAAGUUCGGUGUCCAAAUACGAUCUGUUCGACCGGACCAAACCUCGCAAACCAAUGUCCUGCACUACUUGUCUGACGGGAACGUUACCUUCCGUUUCUCAUGGCGCAAGAACGAGUUCCUGGUCCCCGUGAUGAUGAUUCUCAAGGCGCUCGUGGAGACCAACGACCGAGAAAUCUUCGAGAGCAUUGUCGGCGGCGCCACAUCAAAUGGAAUGAAGAACACUUUCGUCACUGACCGUGUCGAACUUCUGCUACGAACCUACCAGGCCUACGGUAAGCACAGCAAGUCCGACUGCCGCUCUCACCUGGGCAAGUCUUUCCGCCCUGUGCUCGGCGUGCCGGCAGAUAUGUCGGACUAUGACUGCGGGACCGAGUUCCUGCGCAAGGUCGUGCUCCCGCACCUGGGAAAUUACAAUGUCACUGAGACUCAGGACUACGACAAGUUCAAGAUGAUCAUUUUCAUGAUCCGCAAGCUGUAUGCCCUGGUUGCUGGGGACUGUGCUCCCGACAACCCGGAUGCGGUUUCUAACCAGGAAAUCCUGCUCGGUGGGUUCCUAUACGGAAUGAUCUUGAAAGAGCGUAUUGAAGAAUGGCUGCGAUCAUUCGGUCCUAUUGCCCGGGACUGGUCUAUCCGCAACAACGGAGCGACCUUCACCGACCCGACAUUCGAGCGCGAUUUCUUGUCAAAGAUUGUCAAGCGCUCCAAUGAAAACAUUGGUAAUGCGCUCGAAUAUUUCCUCUCCACCGGUAACUUGGUCAGUCCCACUGGUUUGGAUUUGCAACAGACCUCGGGUUAUACCGUUAUGGCCGAGAAGAUCAACUUCUACCGUUUCAUCUCUCACUUCCGCAUGAUUCACCGUGGUAGUUUCUUCGCACAACUGAAGACCACCACUGUCCGAAAACUGCUCCCCGAGAGUUGGGGGGUUCUUGUGUCCUGUCCAUACUCCGGAUGGUUCUCCGUGUGGUCUGUGUCUCACAUUCCCAAGGUCCUGGUCCAGCUUGGUGUGCAGUCCACGUCCUCUGUGGCUUUGAAUGAUAGUGUCGUUGUGCAGCUGGAUGGUCGUAUCAUUGGCUUCUGCUCUCCUCAGCAAGCCCUCAAGAUCCACGAUACGCUGCGUUACUGGAAGGUUGCGGGCAAGAACAACAUCCCCCGCGACCUGGAGAUUGGUUAUAUCCCCAACACCAACGGUGGACAGUACCCUGGUAUCUACAUGUUCUCACAAUCCGCAAGAAUGUACCGCCCCGUCAAACACCUUGCCCUGGACAAGACCGAUUUCGUUGGACCAUUCGAGCAGCCUUUCAUGGAAAUCGCUUGUGUGGAGUCCGACCUGGUUCCUGGCGUUUCUACCCACAUCGAGUUCACCCCCACCAAUAUGCUCUCCAUCGUGGCCAACAUGACCCCAUUCUCCAACUACAACCAGUCGCCCCGUAACAUGUACCAAUGUCAAAUGAGCAAGCAGACAAUGGGUACCCCGGGCACAUCCAUCGCCUUCCGUACCGACAACAAGCUGUACCGUCUGCAGACCGGUCAGACGCCCAUUGUUCGUCCUCCACUCUAUAACGCCUACGGUCUGGACAACUUCCCCAACGGCAUGAACGCCAUUGUCGCCAUUAUCUCUUACACCGGUUAUGACAUGGACGACGCUAUGAUCAUCAACAAAUCCGCCCACGAGCGCGGGUUCGGUCACGGAACCAUCUACAAGACCAAGAUCCACUCUCUCGCCGAAAAGGAGCGCCGCAAGUCCCGCCGCGAAAUCACGAAGCUCUUCGGUUUCGCCCCAGGCGACGAAGUCCGCGGUGACGUGCGCAACCUGAUCGACGAAGACGGCCUCCCCCACAUCGGCAUCCGGGUGAAGGAGGGCGACAAGAUCGCUGCUUUCCACAACGUCCGCUACGACGCUGCCUCGGACACCUACGUCAAUGUCGACGGGAUCACCCAUUACCUCAAGUACAAGGAUGCCGAAGUUGGCUACAUCGAGAGCAUCCGCAUCAUGGGCUCAGAGAACGGAAACGAGCCUAUUCAGAACAUCAGCGUCAAGUACCGUAUUCCCCGUAAGCCGAUCAUCGGUGACAAGUUCUCCUCCCGUCACGGGCAGAAGGGUGUGUGCUCGCAGCUGUGGCCCGCAGUCGACAUGCCCUUCUCCGAGAGUGGCAUGCAGCCCGACCUGAUUAUCAACCCUCACGCUUUCCCAUCCCGAAUGACAAUCGCCCAAAUGAUCGAAUCCAUGGCCGGCAAAUCUGGCGCUCUCCACGGUCACCCCCAAGACUCCACCCCCUUCCAAUUCUCCGAAGAGAACACCGCCACCGACUACUUCGGCCACCAGCUCCGCAAAGCAGGCUACAACUACUACGGCAAUGAGCCCCUGUACUCCGGCAUCACGGGCCGCGAGUUCGCCGCCGACAUCUACAUGGGUGUCGUCUACUACCAGCGUCUGCGUCACAUGGUGAACGACAAGUUCCAGGUGCGAACCACCGGCCCCGUCAAUGCGUUGACCGGGCAGCCCGUCAAGGGUCGUGCAAAGGGUGGUGGUAUCCGUGUGGGUGAGAUGGAGCGCGACUCGCUUAUUGCUCACGGUGCAGCCUAUCUGCUGCAGGACCGGUUGAUGAAUUGCUCUGAUUCCCAGCUUGCGUGGAUCUGUCGGGAGUGUGGCUCGUUCUUGUCUACACAGGUGGCGGUUGCGGGCUCGGGCUCGGGCUCGCGCGCUCGUGCGGCUAUUAAUCCUGGUGCUGUUGCGGCCGCGGCGAAGGCGGCGCCGAAUCAGCAGGCGCCUGGCGGUGCGGCGUCCGUGGGUGGGGCGCUGGGUGGACAGGCUGGUAUUGUGAGGUGUCGUCGGUGCGCCCGUCAGGCUACAUUCAAUGAUUCGAGGGCGGAGGCUUGGGAGGAUGGUACUGGGUUGCGGUAUGUUGGGGGUGAUAAUGUUACUGUUGUUGCGGUGCCGGGUGUGCUCAGGUAUCUGGAUGUUGAGUUGGCGGCGAUGGGCAUCAGGAUGAAGUUUAAGAUUGACAACUAG